CUCGGGGCGGGCAGGGCAGAGCUUUGUGCCGGGUGCGGAUAGAAGUUGCUUACAGUAAGGGCGGCCCGGCGAAGAAACGGCCGUACCGAGCGGCGGGUGUUGCUAUGGGUGGUCAUUAAUCCCGAGUUUGAGGAACGCGGAGGCUGCCGGCAAGGAGUCCGGCCGUGUGGGCAGCUCUGCGUUCUGUAUCGCCUCCCCCAGAGGACGCGGCUGCUGCAGGGGGGCUACGAGAAGAGUUCUUACAGCUGCUUGGUGAUUGCAGCUGGAGGACGAAGAUAAACAUGUCAAAAAUUACUACAGAGCUUCUUUUGGAAAGAGCGGUUCCGAAAUCCACGAGGCUCCGAAAGAUAGAAACACUGAACCUGUCCAAGCUGCAGCUGAAGACUGGAGACUUAGAUCCACGUUUGUUUUCACGUCUGAGGCAUCUACAGAAACUGGAUCUCUCUGAUAAUUUAUUGGACAAAUUUCCCAACAGUCUAACCCUGCCUGAUCUGCGUGUCCUCAACUGCAACAACAACCAGCUGGAAGAUGUCACUGCUCUGAAACAGUUCCCUCUGCUUGAAGAGCUAAAUUACGAGAACAAUGUGUACCUCACACUCAAUGAUGAUUAUAAAGUGAUGUUUCUUUUGCAAAAUCUUCGGCUGCUCAAUGGCAAGGACAUAACCAAGCUGGCUAAUCACGUGAGGCGUGUCAAUAGCCGUAAGCUGACCAGCAAGGUUACUGCUCACUGGGAAGAAUUCUUCCGUGACCAACUUCCUGAGAAGUACACAGCUGAGCAAGUGAAGUCCAUCAAGAAAAAGUUCCUGAAGUCAGUUCAGACUAAUGUUGUGUAUGGACCCAGCUCCCUGAGUGAAUUCACCCGCUGGCGGGUGAAAAUGAUUGCAGAAGAGUUUCUGACUUGCUCGCUGGGUCUGGAGUUAAACACAGAUACUGAAACAGAAGAAAACAUGGAUGAGAAUGAGGAAGAAAGUGCAGAAAGCUCCAAGGAAGCUGCAGAGGAGGAGGCGAAGGUUACGGUAACUCCCAGAAAGAGGAAAAGAAAUCGUUCAAAAUCACGUUUUGGAAGGAAGAAGUCCAGGUCCCAGGCAAAAACUGAGGAAACGGUACCUAAUCCCAGAAAUUCCAGUCAAGAGGAGGAUGAUUCAGCUCCUGAUAAAGCAAGAGCAUCGAAUGAGCCAGCCAAAGAGGCAACCCCUGAGCAGGGGGAUGAAGGGACACAUAAGAAUGGAGAGAAGAUUCCCAAAGGGCAAAGCAAUAGAAGAUCCAGCCAGCUGCCAGGAGAACAGAAAAGCCAGGAACAGGACAACGGGGUUGUUAACUUGACCCCAGUGAAGAACUCCAAGGCCAAGGAGGAUAUCAGUGUAGAGCCAUUGCAUUUUCUUCAGUGUCACAGUAAAGGCAACAGCCGCGAGGAUUUUAAAACGCAGCUCUGGUCCUGUGUCUUCGAGCCAUUGCUGGACUGUGCACCCAGGAAAGAUCCCAUUGUGAGUUGUUCAAGAACUGUGGCGACGUGUGGAGGGGAGUCUGUCUGUCUGAUCGACUGUGAAACAGGGGUGGUGCUGAAGAAGUAUAAGGUGGCUACAGAGGAGUUCUUCAGUGUUGCAUGGACAACUCUCCCAAUGGUGAUCAGUGACAGUCGGAAGAAAUCUCAUAACAUCUUGGCAGCUGCAGGGAGGAGAGGGAUUGUCAAACUGAUUCAUGUGGCAGCUGACUUCUGCUAUGGAGAAAUAAAGGCUCAUAAAAAGCCCAUUGCCACCGUCUGCUUCAGCCCGACUCAAGAAACUCACCUCUUCACUGCAUCCUAUGACAAGCGAAUUGUGCUGUGGGAUAUUGGAAUUCCAGACUGUGACUACAAUUUCAAAGCAAGCCAGCUGCUGGUACUGGAAUGUUUGUCUGUACCCUUACGGAUUGCCCUGGUGCCCACCUGCCCAGAGCAGUACCUGCUGGCUGGCUGUGAAGAAGGCUGCUUUACGUGGAAUAUCAAACUGGAGAAGGAAGAGAAAAGCAGGCCUUUUGAAGCCUCAUUCAAAUUUCCUGAUGAGGAGGGAGAAAUGUCGACAUCUCACAGGGUUGACGGUUUGGCUUUUCUGAAUGAUGAUGUUGUAGUUUCCAAGAGCUCCAAACCAGGAUGUAUAUACUUAUGGAGCUGGAGUCGAUCUUUUGACAGUAAGGGGAAAGGAAGCCAGAGAACAGUGUCUGCAGUUAUUCUAGCUGAACUGGAGUGGUCCACAACAGACUUGUCCUAUCUCACACUCAGCACCUGCCCAGCAAAACUGCAUGUGUUCUGUGGUGAUGAGCAGGGAAGUGUGUGGAUAUACCACCUCUCAAACUACACCACAGCAUGGAGCUCUGCAAAGGGAAAACACUCAGACAAGAGAAUCCCACCCACACAGAUUCUCAAGUGGCCAGAGCUUCAAGCAAAUGGGGAGCACCUGAGUGAAGUCUACAUAAACAACGUGAUAACAGACCCUACUUUCACUUACCUUGUUGCUCUCACUAGUGUGAACAUUACAGCAAUUUGGAAGAAGUCAUAGUUACUUGUUAUAGAAUUUCAUUCCCAUGCUUUGAAAUAGUGCAGUAUUAGUGAGUGUUACCCAUGUAACCAUGAAGUUUUCUAGACCAGCUGUUACGUGCAAAAGGUACAGAGUUUGUUAAACACAUCCAGUCAUCCAGUUCUUUUUUCUGUAAGUUUACACAAUUUGUGCAUUUGUUUUAUAGAAACAACACUUAAUAAAACACAGUAACAAA